AUGGUCUCUAAUAUGUCUGUAUUAAGCUGGAACGUGUGGGGGCUUGGUAACCGUCGUAUGUUCCGUGUUCUCAGAAACCUUUUACAAAACAAAACACCAGAUAUUGUUUUCCUUACUGAGACUCGUAUGACUGUUGUCCAGAUGGGCGGAUUGGUCCAAAGACUUGGUGUGGUUGGAGUCCUCUGUGUUCCCCAUGAACCGUUCUCUGGUGGUCUCUGUAUUCUUUGGAAGCCUGGUUUAUAG